ACGGAACCCAAGCUUCUGCAACGCGGCUAACGUUGAGCUCCUCGCGCUCAGAAACUUUCGUAAGCUUCUAAACAGCAAUCUGCUUUCAUCAUAACAGCUGACGGACUGCUGUUCGGCCAGAGCAACUAAUUCCUUUAGCAGAACGGUCGCCAUGGCCAGCCGCACCAAGGCCUUCCAUGCUAGCCUCCACGUGGCAUGCACCCUUCUCUUUGUUCUGGUUUCCGUUACUAACGUCUGCGGUGUGCUGGCAACGAGCCCGGAUCCCGCCUUGUGCCCUUACGAGCUGGGCUACAGUCCGGUCUUCAACGCUGAUGGGAGCCAGCUCUUCUGCACGAAAGGCGCUGAGACCUUCACGGUCGACGCAGCAGGCGCCAAUGCACGCGCGCUCCGCGGCGUCGGCCAGAGCUCUCUCGCCUUGGCUAUAGGAGCAGUCAAUAGGGACUUUGCUACCUUCGACAAGUACGUGGCGAACGAUGCGACGUUUGUCCAGCCACCCGGUGCGCCCAGUGCCGGGCAGACCGUUCCCAACUUUGACCCAGCUCUGGAGGCGUUCAACCGCCCGUUCGAGUUCGCGCCAGGCAUCGACGUCAAUGCAAACAUCGACGUCUCUCGCUUCGGCUUCUUGGGCGGGGACCCUCUGAGCGUGUUCGUCCACAUCAAGGAGCAGACGCUCAACUUUGUGCUCGAGUAUGACAGCAUCUGGCGCAUGAAUAACGUCAGCGGAGGCCAGAAGCUGUGGCAGCUGUACCGCGCCGCCUUCAACCCGAGCAUCUUCAAGCCGUAGUGAUCAACAAUGCCAGCUUGUAUCGAUGCAUAAGAUUGUGAUAUAUGACCACUCAAGCAUAGCGGCUCUUGAUCCCGUAGACUACAGGAGAAAAUCUGAUGCGGAGAGGUUUCAGGGGGGAUUUGAAUACCAUUCUAAAAGUAACGGCUUAAUCAUGUGUGGAGGAUAGCUCUUGUCAGCUUACUGGCUACUUAUUGACGUACGCGAUAGGGUAAGACGCCCGUCCAUUGGGACAUAGGCUAUUAAGCUUCGACUACCGAGAUUACAUAUAAUUUCUG